AUGACUGAUUCAUUCCCGGUUGACGUUCAAUUACCAUAUUUAUCUAUCGACAACGAAAGUCAAGGACCAAGCAAGCUUGACUUGAAGAAAGAAUUGUCCGGUAAGAAAGUUGUUGUUGUCGGAAACAUUGGGUCGUUUACACCACCAUGUCUGAAUGAUCACAUCAACAAAUUCGUUGAUAAUGCAUCCAAGUUUAAAUCCAAGGGAGUUGAUAGAAUUAUUAGUCUCAAUAUUAAUGAUCCUUUUGUUAACAAUGCCUGGGGUAAGAGUUUGGGAGUCAAGGACGACUACAUUGUGUUUGCACAAGACCCCAAUGCUCAAUUAUCGCAAGAAUUGGGUGAUAACUACGUUGCUGACAUGAGUGAUAACGGAUUAGGCCAAAGAACCAACCGUUAUGUCGCUCUUUUGGAUAACGGUGAGGUCAAGUACUUGGCCGCAGAAGACCACGGUGCCACCACCGACAUUUCCUCUGCCCAAAACAUCUUGAACAGAUUGUAA